GGCUUGGAGCCCUGCGAGGGGGAUGUGGCAGGAGGGGAGGGAGGUGCCCGUCCCUGGCCGGUGUGGCUGAAUUGUCCUCAGGAUAAGGAGGUGGGGAAGGAAGGCCAGGAGGCACUCUGAGCGGGUGAGUAGAGGGAGGGCGAGGUCCAGCUGCGGACCCAGUGCAGGCCAUGGAGGCGGCCCGUUGUGGAGCCUCCCGCCAGCAGCACCUGGAAUAGGGUGGACGGGCGAUGGCGUUUGGGCACAGAGGUUCUGGGCCUCCAAGCUGAUGGCCGUUGGAAGAUACUCUGUGGCUAUAGGAAGGAAGCUGUGGCCCUCAUCAAGGGUGACUACGAAACUUAGCCCAAAAGGAACUAGGCCUGCAGAAGUGACAUUCUCUGCAGCCGCGGGCCAGGCCCUGUACGAGGGUCCCAUCUGCGGGGACAGUUGGGUCUGUGUCCAAAGUGUCCUCAGCUGGGCAGAGUUGGAGAGGGGUCCAUGGGCUCUGUACCCCAAGCAGAGGAUGGAUUGGAGGGGGGGACUCUGAGGCUGGUGGGUGGGUGGCUGGGGCCCCAGGAUCAACUAGGUAGUUGGUAGGCCCCACGUUGCUGGAAAGGCCGGGAGCUGGAGGAGAGCUGGCACGUAGGAGGAAGGGUCAGAAGAACUCCUGAGGGCAGUGUUUCCUCUGAGGAGAACCUUGGGGGGUAUAAGUAUAGUGCAUGGUUUGCACCUUCUGUCAAAGGACUGCUAGAAAUAAGACAAUAAACAAGUGAGUUGGGUAGGGUGUCCUGGCACAGGCAGGUUCUAGGGAUCGGACAGGGGUUAGGAUCCUGAGUUCUGCCCCAGUCCUCACCCUCAGCCUCCCUCCGGUGUGGGGCAGGAUACCUGAUUCCAUCCACCCUGCUUUCCACCUGAGUCCUCAGGUGUAGGGGAUGAGUCUUUUCCAGGCCACCUGUACCGUAAGGUUAGUGUGUACCCCAACAUGGCCCAGUUCCAGGAUGCAUGGCCCCCUGUGCAACUGUCAGUCCUUCCCUGUCCCAGUCCCAUCCUCAUGGCACGACCAGGUAUCUUUGUUUCCCCUGGAGGACAGCCGGUGUAGUCUGAGAAGAUGCCACUGCCAGAAAACUUUGGCCUUAGCUUCUAGCCUUACACUGAGCCAUCUGCAACCCAAUAGGAGUGACCCUGGCUCCCAGCCUGACUCAGCUGAGCCUGGAUCCUAUGUGUAGGCAGCAGGUUACUCUGAGCUCUGGCCCAAUCAAGCUGACCCCUGCCCUAGACCCCGAACACUGGAUGGAGCUGAUCCUGAGUACCAGCCUGCCUAAGCUGACUCUGGAUCUUGCAUACCAGCCAGAGGUGGCCCUGGGAUUCAACUUGACCACGCUAACCCUGGAUCCCACACACGAACCAGAGCUGAUCCUGAGCCCCGGGCCAGCUGAACUGACCCUGGAUUCCACAUGCCAUCCAGAGAUGACCUUCCGUCCUGGCCCAGCUGAGCUUGCCCUGGAUCCCAGACACCGGCCAGAGGAGACCCCAGCCCCCAGCCUGGCUGAGUUGACCUUGGAGCCUGUGCACUGCCGACCUGAGCUCAUGGAUGCUUGCGCCGACCUCAUCAAUGACCAGUGGCCCCGCAGCCGUGCCUCCCGCUUGCACUCCCUGGGCCAGUCCUCGGAUGCCUUCCCCCUGUGCCUGUUGCUUCUGAGCCCCCGCCCCACAUCUGAAGCAGCGCCCAUCGUGGUGGGCCAUGCUCGCCUGUCACGGGUGCUGGACCGGCCCCAGAGCCUCUUAGUAGAGACGGUGGUGGUGGCCCGGGCUCUGAGGGGCCGUGGCUUCGGCCGCCGCCUCAUGGAGGGCCUGGAGGACUUUGCUCGGGCCCGGGGCUUUCGCCAGCUACACCUCACCACUCAUGAUCAGCUACACUUCUAUGCCCACCUAGGCUACCACCUGGGAGAGCCUGUGCAGGGCCUGGUCUUCAGCAGGCAGCGACUGCCCACCAGCCUGCUCCGUGCCUUUCCUAGGGCUCCCACCUCCCGCCCACCCUGCAUGGUUCCUAGCCUGACUACCCAAGCUGCCCCAAGGGGCCCCAAGGGGCCCCCAUUGCCGCCACCCCCACCCCUGCCCCAGCCUUUGACCACUUUACCUCCACCUCCAGCAGGGCCCCUUCCACAAAGUCUGCUGGAGACACAAUACCAGGACCUGAGGGGAUGCCCCAUAUUCUGGAUGGAAAAAGACAUCUGAAGGCUACCUGAGAUGAGGCACUGUCCUGGCUCACUGGACUGCUCAGGACAGUACCACCCCCAGCCCACUGGCUAGCUCAGCCCCUAGCCCCUGGGGCAGCUUUAGCCUGGGCGUGUUCCCUGGUUACCACCGGGACCAGGAGAUGGUUCUGUAGUUCUGGCUCAGAGCCAUCAGCAUGGCUGAAUAAAGACUUCUGUUGGGUGUG